AUGGCUUCGGAGACUACUCCUCCCGCUCAGGCGCCCGCUGCUGCGUCCGAGGAGCCCGAGACCAACAUGGAGGCGGAAGCCCAAGAUGUCGACGUCGGGGCCGAAGCCUUAAUAAACCUUACCAUUGUCUUGCCCGAUGCCAAUGCUAGCAAGAUGCAGAUCAUGGUUUCUUCUCAAGAACAGGUCCACGAAAUCCGACAAUCGAUCAUUGACCUUCCAUCGGCAUUCCAGUACACUUGCUUUCACCUCGAAUUCAAUGGCGAGAAGAUCAACGACUUCAUCCCCCUCACUGAAAUUCCUGAGCUUGGCACCACACCCGAAUUCCACAUUGUUGAGGAUCCUUAUACCGAGAAGGAGGCUCGCAUUCACUUUAUCCGCAUUCGGGAACUUAUUGGCGCUUCCGGAGAUCGAUGCGACACUGCCCAGGGUCUUCUUCCUGGACUUUCUCUCUUCGAGACUGUGACCGCCGAGGCUCAGAGCAGCGACAACAAAGAAGAAGAGUCCUCUGAGGAGUCACCUGUCAAGGACUACGACUUCCAAGCUGUGCCUUCACUUACCGGGCUGAUCCCUCCUGUUUCCGAGCCCGCCCCCAAGACAGUAAAGCAGAUCUCCUUGUCGUCUUGGAACCCCCCUCCACCUCAUCUGCGACAGCGUGGCCAUCUGCUUUACCUUGUUGUGUCUACCAAUGAAGGCGAACAAUACCAGGUCACUUCCCACGUAUCGGGCUUCUAUGUCAACAAAUCGUCUAAUGCCAAAUUCGAUCCUUUCCCUCGCCCAGCCCCCAAGGGCCAGUCCGCACACUCUUUGUUGAGUCUGAUCGAGCUUGUCUCCCCUACUUUCGCCGAGUCCUUCACGAAGCUUCAGGAUUACAACAACCAAAAAGACCCCCUCGCCACUUUCCAAAUCACCAAUGCUACUCCCGCUGCUCCCUGGGUCGUUCCGUCUCCCAACUCGUCGCUUUGCACACAUCUGCCAGACCCUGCACGAUCUCAAGAGACCUACCUCCUUAACGGUGUCGAAAACACCGACACUCUGCGGGACUGGAACGAAGAGUUUCAAUCGGCCAAGGAGCUUCCACGCGAGUCUGUUCAAGACCGUGUCUUCCGCGAGCGACUCAUUUCCAAGCUGUUUGCUGACUACAAUGAGGCUGCCACUCGAGGCGCUGUUAUGGUCGCGCGUGGCGAGAUCGCACCCUUGAACCCUACCGAAUGCAGAGAUGCUCAGAUCUUUGUCUACAACAACAUCUUUUUCUCUUUCGGUGCUGACGGUGUCGGUACAUUCACCUCUGAGGGUGGCGAUGAGGCUGCCCGUGUUGCUACCGGUAAGGACGUUGCUGGUGUGAAGCUUGUCAACCAAUUGGACAUUGAGGGACUGUUUACCCCUGCUACCGUCGUUGUUGAUUACAUGGGAAGUCGAAUUGUUGGACAAAGCAUCGUUCCUGGAAUUUUCAAGCAACGAGAGCCGGGAGAGAACCAGAUCGACUAUGGCGCCGUAGACGGCAAGGACACUGUCGCUGCCGAUGAGAGAUUUGCCCCAGGUUUUGCUCAAUUGUCCAAGGCUCUGAAGGUGAAGAAGCACCCCGUUUGGGACAAGGACGGCAAGCGAUUCGACUUGGAGGCUAGUGUAGAGACCAAGGGCCUGCUCGGCACAGAUGCCCGUAAGUAUGUUCUGGACUUGUACCGCAUUAGCCCCCUGGAUAUUGCUUGGCUUGACGAAGACGGUCUUCCUGAGGACGGCGAUGCCUAUCCCCACCGCAUGACUGUUCUCCGACCCGAGCUUGUCGACUCCUUUUCACGAUACAAGUUGAAGCAGUGGGUAGAUGAGAAUGUUGCUCGUCGUGCUGAGGAGAAGAAAGAGAAGGAUGGCGAGAAGGAAGGUGAGAAGGCAGAGGAAGAGAAGAAGCCCGAGGAAGGAGAGAAGACUGAAGAGGGUGAGAAGACCGAAGAGGGCGAGGCUUCAAAGGAGGAAGAAUACCAGCCUAACCUUGCGGACUUCAAGUUCGCUCUUAACCCUGACGCAUUCAGUGGACAGGUGCCUCAAACUGAUGAAGAGAAGGCCGAAUUCGCAGCAGACGAAGAAGAAGUCAGGGCAGCUGGUACCUACCUCCGCGAACAGGUCAUCCCUGACUUGCUUAAGGAGCUUUCUGAAUCCGAGAUCAGCUUCCCUAUGGACGGCCACUCGUUGAGCCGACUGUUGCACAAGCGCGGUAUCAACGUGAGAUACCUGGGCAAGGUCGCAGAACUCUCCAACGAUGGUCGGCUGCGAUGCCUCCGCGAGAUUUGUGUCCAGGAUAUGGUUUCUCGAGCGUUCAAGCAUAUUUCUGGUGCCUACCUUCGCCAUCUACCUGUUCCUGCAAUCCCUGCUGCUGUGUCUCACCUUCUCAACUGUCUGCUCGGACACAAGUUCAACGACAAGCCUGUUGCUGAGCUUGACCCUGACAUUCGCAGCCUCUACGCUGAUGCCGAUUGGUCGUUUGAAAAGGUUACACCUGAGAGCCUACGGGAAAACAUUGAAGAGCAGAUUCUCCAGCGAUUCCGAUACGAACUUGAUGAAGAGUGGUACAACACAGUUCGCCCCGUUCAGCUCCUUCGUGAGGUAUCCUUAAAGCUCGGCAUCCAGGUCCAGGCCAAGGACUACGCUUUCACUGCUGAUGAGGCUGCUGCUGCCACCGCUACCGCUACCGCUACCACAUCGGCGAAGACCGAGAAGAUUCCCGUCAAUGGCCAGGCCAACGGAGAAUCUGGUAGCAGCAAGAAGAAGAAGAAGAACAAGGCCCGCGAGGCUUCUCCUCCCGAGACAGUGGCCACUUCCAACGUCCACACCUUCAGCCCUGACGACAUUGUCGACCUGGUUCCUUUGAUCAAGGACUCUUGCCCUCGCAGCUCCCUUGCCGAAGAGGCUCUUGAGGCUGGCCGCAUCUCCCUUAUGCAGAACCAGAAGAAGCUUGGUCAGGAGCUCCUUCUGGAGUCCCUUUCUUUGCAUGAGCAGAUCUACGGUAUCCUGCAUCCCGAGGUUGCUCGUGUAUACAACAGCUUGUCCAUGCUGUACUAUCAGCUUGAUGAGAAGGAGGCUGCUGUUGACCUUGCCCGCAAGGCCAUCAUUGUAUCUGAGAGAACUGUGGGCGUCGACUCGGCUGAGACCCUUCUCAACUACCUCAACUUGAGCUUGUUCCUCCACCAAAUUGGCGAUAGCAAGGGUGCUCUUGUGUACUCCAAACAUGCUCUCAAGAUGUGGAAGAUCAUCUACGGUCCUGACCACCCAGACACCAUCACGACACUCAACAAUGCUGCCGUAAUGCUUCAGCACCUCAAGGCAUACCACGAGUCUCGACUCUGGUUUGAGGAGUCUCUGCGUGUAUGUGAGUCUGUUUUCGGCAAGCAGUCUGUCAACACCGCCACUCUGCUUUUCCAGCUUGCCCAGGCUCUUGCUUUGGAUCGCGAUUCCAAGGCUGCUGUGGGUCGUAUGCGCGAGUCCUACAACGUCUUCCUUGCUGAGCUCGGACCUGAUGAUAAGAACACCAAGGAGGCUGAAAGCUGGCUCGAGCAGCUCACUCAGAACGCUGUGAACAUCGCCAAGAACGCCAAGGAUGUUGCUGCUCGACGACUCCGUACUGGAAUCCGAUUCAACACCAAUGCUUCUAACCCCGGCGUUCCUAGCGGCGUUGUGCCUAGCCACGCUGGUCCCGGCUCGCAAGUCGACGCUCGCAGCAUCGACGAGCUGAUAAAGUUCAUCGAGGGUGGUGAACAUGGGCAGUCAAAGAAGCGUACCGGCCGUGGCAACCCUAAGCGACGCGGCCAGGCUGGGGCCCGAUAA